AUGCCCAGCUCGAAACCCCCGCACUUCCUUGACUUCUGGGGUGUGGAGAGGGCGACGGCCAGAAACCCAAAUGCCAGCGCUGUGAAAAGACCGGGUCCUCAUGCCUCUGGCAGGGCUCACCUUCGGGAUUUCGCCAUGGCUCCAGUGCCAGUGCCCGGUAUGAUUUCGCCGAUGACCAGCCUUGGUUGCCCAUCGGUCAAGGUGCGUUGA